AACCUCCUACAGCUCUCUGCCCCCGGGGCAAUCUGAACACCACUAGCAUAUAACACCAGAAAUACAACAUGAAACCCAUCCUCGCCAUCCCAGCCAUCUCCCUCCUCGUCCACCGCGCCUGGUCCCGCAAGUCUCUCACACCCUUGGGCCUUAUCACCGCCGCGCUGACAGCUGUCGCCCACGCCGUCCAUCCCUGGUCUGCGCCGUUUUUCCUGCUCGUGGUGUUUUAUAUAGGAGGGACUAAGGCUACAAAGGUGAAGCAUGACAUCAAAGCCAGCAAAACACUCUCCGCGACCGGGAGCGGGGGCGGCGAUGGUCAACGGAAUCACAUACAGGUCCUGGCGAACUCGAUUGUCGCGACGGUUUUGAUUUUGUGGCAUACUUGGAUGCUUAAGAGUUCUGGGGAGGGGUUUGAUGGGUUUAGUUUUGGACGGGUGACGCCUUUGGCGGAUGUGGUGGUUGUUGGGAUUGUCGCCAACUACGCCGCCGUCGCAGCAGACACCUACUCCUCCGAACUAGGAAUUCUCUCCAAAUCUCCCCCGCGCCUGAUUACCUCCCUUUCCCUCCGCGUCGUACCACCGGGGACAAACGGCGGCGUAACAGCGAAGGGGCUGCAGGCUGGUGUUUUAGGGGCAUUUACGGUGGCUGUUACUUCUGCGGUGUUAUUGCCGUUUCGUUUGCCCGGCAGUGAUGAUGGACUUUAUCUGAAGGAGCGGCUGGUGUGGGUUCUGGCUGUGACCGGCUGGGGCGGGCUGGGGAGUGUUCUUGAUAGUGUUUUGGGAGGAUUAUUGCAGGCUAGUGUUGUUGAUAAGAGGACGGGCAAGGUUGUUGAGGGGACUGGUGGGAAGAAGGUACCCUUUCCUAUUCCCCAUUUAUCUCCCUUGAGCAAAGUUCUCGUCCAUCCCUCCUCAUCCCUACCAGGCGGCACCAGCGAAGCGUCCUCCGGUCUACAGGGUUCAUCCGAGGACCUACGUCUGCGCCAGACAGAAACCGUUAUCAACACCGCAGCACUGAGGGGCAGCCGGGCUACGCAGUCAUCGGUUGGAGUAUCGCCGGGUCGGGAGCACGAUAAGGAGCAUGAGAGUCGUCGCGUGGAGAACGGAAGGGAUUGGUUGGAUAACAAUGGGGUCAACGUGUUGAUGGCUGGGUUGAUGAGUUUGGGAGGGAUGGGGGUUGCUAGGUUGGUGUGGAUGUAGG